CACUAAUAAAAUAGAGUUGAAUGGUUGAAGUCCUUAAAGUGGGGAGAGAAAAUGACACAAAAAUGAUAUUAAUCGGAAGAAGUGCCAGCUUAAAACUUGAAUUUCAAAAGAUUCCAGAGGGGGUUCUAGAGUCUUUCCUUGUAUAAAAUCAUCAUCUAUUUGCUCCCUUUCUUCUUGUUUCUGUGUUGGAUUAUAGUCUUGGAAGAAGAAGCAUUUCAGAUUGGUAUAAUCAUCUUGUCGAGCAAAUACCCACCAGUUCUGUCUUUUCAGGUAAGGGGAAAGGAUGUUGGAAGGCAAAGCUUUGGUACAGGAUACAGAUAUGCCUGGCAAGAUGCAGAUCCAAGCCAUGGACGCUGCUUCUGAAGCUCUGGAUCGCUAUGAUGUCCUCGACUGCAAAUCCAUUGCAGCCCACAUCAAAAAGGAUUUUGACAAUAGAUAUGGAAGCGGAUGGCAAUGUGUGGUGGGUUCAAAUUUUGGUUGCUUCUUCACCCACUCCAAAGGCUCUUUCAUCUACUUCAAACUGGAGACUCUUAACUUUCUCAUCUUCAAAGGGAUUUGAAUCUCUAGAGAGUUUGAAUAUCAUUGUGGGUUGUUUGGAUGCUUGAUGUUCUAAAGCUUUUAAAUGCUUUUGGUGGGUAUACUAUGUAAAUAUUGAACUCGUGAACACAGUUCUUAAUCCUUUCCAAGCAUUUUCA